AUGUUCGAAAAUCCACUUUCCUCGCAAGAUGAAAAGCAUCAAAAGGGUACUCUUGGUAACAUCCCGGCUAAAGAAAAAGAACUACGCGUGCCUGAUAGCAUUUUGACGGGUGUGCAGAAUGUUGAAAUUGAUAAUGUGAAACCGGAAAUGUUGCAAGCGCAUUUAAUGCUUUUAACUAAAUUUAAAGCAUUGGAACAAGCAGAUGAACAGAUUGAUUAUGACAUUUGGGUAAAAAACGACGGCCAUUCUGACCCUGAAUCCGAAAGUAUUUGGGUAAAAAAUACCAAACAACCAUGGGUUCUUGAUCCGAAUGACAGUUCCGAUUUUAAGAUGUCUUGCCCUUGGUGUAAAAAUAUCAACCAAAUUCCAUGGGAAAUUUAUGUAAAAUUAAUGCGAAAUAUUGAGACAAAUGAAAAAUGUAUGACAUGCAAAGUAUCAAUUUCUGUUGAAACUUUAAGCUGCAAGCGAUUUAUUGAUGAUAUUGUUAAAUGGAAUGAGAAUAAAGCUAAAUUUAUUGGUGGCACUCUAGUUAAUCCAAAGGAUGGUUCCCAUUCGGAACUAUUCGCGGCAAAUAAUUCCAGCUUGUUAUUCUCUACAGAUGAUUCCGACAUUAAGAAACUUACUGUUUCAAAAUCUCCAAGUUGGGAACAUAUUAUUAAUGAACUUGAUAGGCGCAUGGUUAACAAUAAAAUAAUCAAUCACACUGAAAUUCAAGCCAAUGCCACUAUACAAUACCUUAAGUUCUUAUUUUUAAUGAAAGAGAAAAAAAAAAGAAUUUUAGUACCCACACUUGAUAUUGAUUUAUGUUGGCACACACAUCAGAUUCAUGCAUCACUUUACCGUAAAUUUACCAAAAAGCAUAUUGGUCGAAUUAUCAAUCAUGAUGAUACAUUAGCUGAAGGUGUAUUGUCUGAUGGAUUUUCAGCCACCGCUCGAGCUUGGUACAAAAAGUAUCACGAAGCAUAUACACAUGAUGAUCCAUCAAAGAUUUGGUUGACUACGAAAAAAAAGAUCAUGUCUGUUAUCAUACCACCUUAUGGACUUUUGGUUCAUAAUCAAUUAAAAAAGUAUAAAAAGUCAAUUACCAAUCAGCAUGAGAAGGAUAUAAAAAUUUAUAAUGUUGAUGAGAAGAAUGUGGAAAGUGAAAAAGACAAAGAAAAAAGGGACAUUUCAUUAAACCCAUUAACAAAAUACAGUUUUGGACUCUUUACGAUUCUUGGUGUUGAAAAUUUUGGAAGCUGUGGUGGUGAUGCUGGUGGAUGUGGGACUAGCUGUGGUGGCGGUUGUGGAGGUGGAGGUGGAUGCGGAGGUGGAUGUGGAGGCGGAU